GUGUGCUUGAAGAGGAAGAAGAAGAAGAGUUGGUGCAGGAUGGCAGAUUUAAAAUAACACCUGUAAGUAGGAAACACAGCUGAGAUCAAUUGAUCGAGCUGUAAAUGCAUCGGCAUCAGAGAACUCAGUAUGAAGAAGUCGGUCCGGCCAGCCGUGAGUAAGGUGAGCGGAGAUCGAGGGAAGGCUGAGGCCGCGGCUGCCGCUGGUACCGGAAAACCUGCAGCCAAGACCAGUACCACAGCACCGCUGUCUAAGGUGAAAAGCAAUGAUGAUCUUUUAGCAGCUAUGGCCGGAGGGAAUCCUGCAUCGAGUAGUGCUGUCGCUAAGACCAAGAGGACUGCCUCUGUUGGGACUAGUGCUAACAACAUAGACAGCAAGCCAAAGACAACAUCAGGUACUUCAUCCAAGCGUACGACAUCCUCGACUUCCAAGGAGCCAAAUUCAUCACGAGACCGUCUUCGGACAUCCAGGACAUCCGCUGCGAAGAAGCAGUUGGUAUCAGGGACUGUGGCUGGAGAUGUGUCCUCAGGGAAGCGCUCUCGCAGCCAGAUCCAUACAGAGUCUGAGAGCCGUAUGAGCAAGUCUAAAUCAGACGGCCAGAUCAGCGAUAAGGUGGCUCUGGAGGCUAAAGUAAAAGACCUGUUGGGUUUGGCUAAAAGCAAAGAUGUGGAGAUCCUACACCUGCGCAGUGAGCUGAGGGACAUGAGGGCCCAGCUUGGUAUGGGAGGGAAAGAAGUGCCGCUGCAGGAAGAGGCUGGGGAGGAAGAGAAGCCCCAGGUUUCAGCCAUCACAGCAGCUGAUGUGGAGUCCACUCUGAUUCUCUUACAAGAGCAGAACCAGGCCAUCAGAGAGGAGCUCAACCUACUGAAGAGUGAGAACCGCAUGCUGAAGGACCGGCUUAAUGCACUGGGCUUCUCUCUGGAGCAGAGGCUGGACGGCUCUGACAAGCUGUUCAGCUAUGCCUCCCUGAGCCCUGACCACCUGGCAGCUGGCAGUGGACAGAGUGAUGGUGGAGGCACAGGUACACUGACCUCCUCAGUGGAAGGGUCUGCCCCGGGCUCUUUGGAGGAUCUGCUCACAGGACACCAACAUGGAGGCUCAGCAGACAACCUCGACAGUGAAUCCAGUGAGGUCUACCAGGCCGUCACCUCCAGUGAUGAUGCCCUGGAUGCCCCCUCUGGAGCCUCCUCGUCAUCUGAGUCAGAGUGCGCUCCCAGCAGGGAGCGCUCACGUAGGGGCAGCAGUGGCAAUGCCAGUGAGGUGUCGGUGGCCUGUCUGACGGAGCGUAUCCACCAGAUGGAAGAGAACCAGCACAGCACGGCCGAGGAGCUCCAGGCCACACUACAGGAGCUGGCCGACCUGCAGCAAAUCACCCAGGAGCUGAACGGGGAGAACGAGCGGCUCGGCGAGGAGAAGGUGAUCCUUAUGGACUCCCUGUGCCAGCAGAGCGACAAGCUGGAGCUCUACGGUCGCCAGAUCGAGUACCUGCGCUCGCUGCUGGAUGAGCAUCAUAUCUCUUAUGUGCUAGAGGAGGACAUCAAGAGCGGCCGCUACAUGGAGCUGGAGCAGCGCUACGCAGACCUGGCAGAUAAUGCCCGCUUUGAGAGAGAGCAGCUGCUGGGGGUGCAGCAGCACCUCUCCAACACGUUAAAGAUGGCCGAACAGGACAACGCGGAGGCCCAGGAGAUGAUCGGAGCCCUGAAGGAGAGGAACCACCAGAUGGAGCGCAUCAUGGAAUCAGAGAGACAGGAUCGGACUGCCAUGGCAGCCGCACUGGAUGAGUACAAGGCAGCAGUGAGCAAUGACCAGGCCGAGCUGAGCCGCUGCAGAGCCCAGCUGGACCAGGAGAGGCAGAGGGUGGCCGAGCUGUACUCUCUUCACACUGCGGGGGACAAAAACGACAUCUGCCAGCUGCUAGAAGGUGUGCGGCUGGGGAAAGAGGAGGCCGAGGCCAAAGCUGCAAAGAUGCAGGAGGAGCUGGAACAAGCCCACAGUGAACUCAACAGGCUGCAAGAGACUUUCACUAAGCUGGACAGGGAAUACAGAGACUUCCAGGAGCAGGUGCAGCAGCAGAUGGCCGAACAGGAGCGCGCACUGGAGAAGCAGCGCGUGGAGCUGCAGGAGAAAGAGACCGAGAUCGCAGACAUGAAGGAAACCAUCUUUGAGCUGGAGGAUGAGGUGGAGCAGCACCGAGCUCUUAAACUCCACGACAACCUCAUCAUCACAGACCUGGAGAACUCUGUGAAGAAGCUGCAGGACCAGAAGCACGACAUGGAGAGAGAGAUUAAGAUUCUUCACCGCAGACUGAGGGAGGAGUCAAUGGAGUGGCGUCAGUUCCAGGCUGACCUGCAGACAGCUGUUGUCAUUGCUAAUGACAUCAAGUCGGAAGCACAGGAGGAGAUUGGAGACUUGCGGCGCCGACUGCAGGAAGCGCAGGAGAAGAACGAGAAGCUGAGCAAGGAGCUGGAUGAGGUCAAGAGCCGCAAGCAGGAGGAGGAGAGAGGCAGAGUGUAUAACUACAUGAAUGCAGUGGAGAGAGACCUGGCUGCUCUCAGACAGGGGAUGGGUCUCAGCCGGCGUUCUUCCACCUCCUCAGAGCCCUCGCCCACUGUCAAAACACUCAUCAAGAGCUUUGACAGUGCCUCACAAGGUCCACCUUCCAACGGCGCCUCUGUGGCUCCAACAGCCUCGGCUGCCCCGCUACCACGCACCCCCCUCAGCCCCAGUCCCAUGAAGACACCUCCAGCAGCAGCUGUUUCACCCAUACAGAGACACUCCAUAACUGGGCCUAUGUCAGCAGCCAAGCCGCUCUCCUCACUGAGUGACAAGAGGCCCAGCUACACAGACAUCACCAUGCCAGCUGAGCACCUUCUCAGGGCAACCUCGGCUAGCCGACCUCCAUCUGUCCUCCAGAGGGUGUCCAACAUGGACUCCACCAAGGCAAUCUCAGUGUCCCGCAGGAGCAGUGAGGAGAUAAAGAGGGACAUGUCAGCUCCAGAUGGUGCCUCCUCUUCCUCCCUGAUGGCAAUGAGUGCAGCCUCCUCUCCACUCUCCCUGUCCUCCUCCUCUCCCACCGCCUCAAUCACCCCCACAGCACGCAGCCGACUAAGAGAGGAGAGAAAGGAUCCGUUGUCAGCACUGGCCAGAGAGUAUGGAGGCUCCAAGAGAAAUGCUUUGCUAAAGUGGUGCCAGAAGAAGACUGAGGGCUACCAGAACAUUGAUAUCACAAACUUCAGCAGCAGCUGGAAUGAUGGCCUGGCUUUCUGCGCUGUGCUCCACACCUACCUGCCUGCACACAUCCCCUACCAGGAGCUCUCCAGCCAAGAGAAGAGGAGAAAUUUCACCUUAGCUUUCCAGGCUGCAGAGAGUGUCGGCAUCAAAUGCACUUUGGACAUAAAUGAGAUGGUGCACACAGAGAGGCCAGACUGGCAAAGCGUCAUGACCUAUGUCACUGCCAUCUACAAGUACUUUGAGACCUGACUUCACCGUCUCACCCGCCCCGCUCCUGCAGCACAGUCAGUGCCACGCCAGCCCUCCUGAGCUCUCUGCAACCUUUCAACGCCACAGUCAACUGUUAUACCUCACUGACCCCCCCCCCCCCACCACCCCUCCCACGCACCACAGCAACACCCAGUCACGCUGCAUGCCGGUCCUCAGUAUUUAGAAACACUAGGCAAACCACAACCUCACUGGACACAACAGCUACUCCAUCCUCCCAGUACAGAAUAGGAGGCGCUACGUGUAGAGUUAUAGUCCAAGGGCUUGCCUGAAUGUCUACUGUUACACUCGUAAGUCAUUGUGAACCAAGUGUGAACUGACCAGCGAUGAACUCCUCUAUAUCAUCUUUGCCUUCAGUUCACAUGUGAAGGAGCAGCAUGGAAACCAAGUCUCAGUGCCUUCUACCUGGCUUUUCCCCUCUAAUAUUUCCCCACACGUAACUCAGUUUCCAGUCUGUUAAAGGGGAAUUCAAGCAAAUCUGACUUUAAGUGUUCUACUUUGCAAGAGGAGAAGUUUUCAUAAACGGUCACAGUGUUUUUCCUUUUGUUUGAUUGUGAAUAUUUUGUGGAAAAUGUGUGCUCCUGCAGAACAACAAACCAAAUGUUGGAAUUUCCCCACAACCCUGAAAAUUCCCUACUGACAGUAAUUCAGACAGACGCAGCCUUUUUGCACCAAGUCUUCCAGACGUUUCAGUACGAUACAGAUGCCUCUCUUUCAAUGGAUAAAGUGCCUGUGUGAGUUUUGAUGCAGGAGAGCAGGAGAUGAACUCUUCCUGUGGGCAGAAGCAGCACAGAGGCAGUGUGGAAGAGUCUUCUCACUACAGUCUGUGAGGCUGAGGAUUAGAGGAGUUGUUGCCAAAUAUGCUUCAGAGCCUUUCGAUUGUUCAUUUGUUUUUGUUUUUUUUUUGUUUUUUUUCGGUCAUCAGGACAGACGGAUGCUGCAGACAGCUACUACGUCAGCAUCUGUGACUGUUUGAUUUUCAAGCACAGAAAUAUGCUACACUCUACAACACUGCUACACGUUCUACACGUUGCAGCCCUAACACACUAAUCGAUUCAUGAAGGUGGACUAGUAGUCAUUUGAUGUGUAUGGAUUUCUGAACACUAAUCUUACAGCUGUAUAAUGUGAGUGUUUGCAUUUUGUAAGCCUGCAUUUACCACCUUGUACUUAGACUUCAUUAGGCACAUACAGCACACAGCAUCAUUUCAUCAUAACCAAAAUAUGAGUGAGAAAAAUAUAGGUGUUUUUUUUUUUUUUUUGUUUUCAUAAAAUGUGUUUUGAAUGACAAGAUAAGUUCUGUUUAGAGCAGAGAGCCUUAAACUUUAUCAGCUUAGGGCUUUUAUUAAGAAGAAGAGUCUCUCACCCAGGGGCUGUGCUGUAGUUUUUAGAAACCAGACAGAUUCAUAGGUGACGACUUGUGAUUGUAGGUCAAUGCAGCACCUCAGUAAAGGUAUAGUUAAGUUUAUUGUGAAAUACAGUUAUUCACUUCCUUGCAGAGAGUUCGAUGAGAGGACUGAUAUAACUUAAAUGUUCUGUACAAUACAUAUGAAGCUAGAGCCAGCAGCUGGUUAGCUUAGCUUAGCCUAGAUUAGCAUAAAGACAAGAAUCAGGGAGAGUCAGCUCGGCUGGCUCUUUCCAAAACUGUCACACCUUAAAGCUCACUAAUGACCACAUUAUUACAAAAAUGGUAGCGUGAAGCUGACCAGCUGUAGUUUGACAGAUGGUUAUGUGCUGGACAUUUUCUUGGCAUGAAGUAGUGACUUCCUGGAGUCUCCACUGGUGGCGAGUGCUCCUGGCAAAGAGGAGUAAAUAACCACACAUGAAACUACAACUUGAUGUUUUAGAUUUUGUUUUUGUUUUUUUAGCUUUAGGAAGAUUUUGUCACCUUUGGACAGAGCCAGAACAGCUGUUUCCAGCCUAAGCUAAGCUAUCCCUGCUGCUAGUUGGAGAGUGGUAUCGAUCUUCUCAUCUAACUCGUGGCAAGAGAGAAAAUAAUCCUAUUUCUCAAAAUGUCAAACUCUUCCUGAAACAUCAGCACAUGUUGCAAAACCAUUUAUUUUGUACAUGAAGAACAAAAUAUGCAGAAAUGAUCAGAGAAUUCAUUGUGCCAUUGACCUACUUUGUGUGUUAAUGCUGAUGCUGUGUCAGACAGGUAGUUUUUUAAAUUCUUCGUGUGAGUAUCACUAUAGAGAAACCUUGUAGCACAGUGUCAUUUAGUUGAUUUCAGUGGGCAGCGCUGCUGUAAUGCUGCUGACUGCUGUGAGUCUGUGGUGCCACAACAUACCAAGUUCACUGUAUUUAUUUGCAUGGUUUCCAAUCAUUGUAGUGAGGUCAUUGCUUUAUUUGUGUGUGUGUCUGAAGUGUAUAUGAAUUUAUUACAGUAAGUAGCUGCACUGAGAUAAGCUUUUUAUAUUCCACACUAAAUUCCUGCCUUAACAGUUUAGCCGAAGCUUCUGCGAGUGAAACUGUGACAUUUCAGACGUCGGUUAUCUUUCCUCACCAGGCACGUGUGACAGUGUGAAAAUAGUUCCUGAAUCAAGCUCCUUACUAUUUGUUUCUCUUGAGCAACACCAAUAGUGAAUGACGGGCAUAAACUGUUUUGGGAAGUUGGUUGAAUUCCCUCAUGCGUCUGAUGAAGGUGACUACACACUGUUUUGGUUUGGAUCAGAUGAAGCUGCCAGCUGGUAUUAAUAGCAACAUCAGAAACCACGUUUUUUUGCCAAACCACACGGCCACAAUUUGUACAACCACAUUAGACAGCAAGUGAUUUAAAGUUAGCACAAGAACCUGCAACAGUGACAGUUUCUUUUUGUGUACAAGAGAGAGUACGAGUGAGUUAUUUAAUGACAUUUGAAAGCGUUGGCUCUCUGUUGAUGGAUUUUGUGAUGCCAUGAUGCUGAGGAUUAUCAGCCAACAGUUUUAUUGUGUUCUGCUCGAUUCCACCGCUGGCCCACGUGUUUUAUUGUUCCCGACAGGAACAUCUGAGAGCUACAGAAAGAUUUGAAACCUCUCGAUCAUGGAAGCGGAAUGUGUUUUGAUCACGCUUUAGUGAUCCUGGGACCUUAUGAGGUCCACUGCGUGCUGAUGUGGAGUGAUUGAUGAUCGCUGAGCCCAGCCAGCUGAGGAGAGACCAGACGGCUGGCGAAAGCUGGGAAGCACAUUCCACCUCCGCACGAUGCAGCCAUGACGGACGUGUUACAUGGUUAGGGACCUUAGAUGACGCCCUUUAAGUGCAUGGCUUUACCACAAAGGAAAUGUGAACAUGUGCAUUUAUGACUUUAUUGGGUCCACUUCAUCAUGCUACAUUUAUUUUUCUCUGUUUACUUGAAAAUGCUCUGAGAAUUCCACUGAACCUGCUUUAGUUUGUUCUUUUUGUUUCCAUGUUGCCUUGUUUUUUAACGGUUCACGUUUUUUUGUUGUUCACACUGAUCACACUACAUGCAGUGCUGAAAUGUUCCCACGGCAAAGUUAAAGCUGAAUGUGUGUGUGUGUGUGUGUAUGUGUGUGUGUGUAAAGGGAUUAAGCUACAGUAUUAAGUGCACACUAUGAUGAUAAUCAGCUGUAAAAAAAAACAAUGCUGUCUGGUAAAAAUGUGUACAGCACUUUGGUCAACUAUGCUUGUUUUAAACGUGCUAUAUAAAUAAACUUGAUUUUGGUUUUA